AUGAAUCUCGCGUGGGUCCCGCACCUCAUUGUCCUGGGGAUGCUGCUGGGAGUCCGCUACACCAGUACCGAUACGGCAGGUCCAGAGACAUGGGCAGCUCUGGGGCACUGUAACGGCACCAGGCAGUCCCCGAUCAACAUCGUCACCCCUGAUACUGUCCACAAUCCCGACCUGGAGACUGUGUCCCUCGCUGGCUAUGGGGAUGCCAAGAAGCUUAUCUCCAUGGAAAACACGGGGAAGACAGCUACCUACACAGCCAAAUCCUUCCACCUGCACUGGAGCCAGGGGUCAGACAAGCCUGGCUCAGAGCAUUUCAUCAAUCACAAAGGGUUCUCGAUGGAGCUCCAUAUUGUUCAUACCAAGAACAACCUGAGCAUGGAUGACGCCCGCAAGGAUCACGAGGGAAUCGCUGUGCUGGCCUUCUUCCUCCAGGCAACAGCCCACGCACGCCCCUCCCGCUCCUGGGAUUCCUUCACUGGGCACUUGAAGAACGUGGCUCUAAACGGGAAGAAAACGAAUCUGGACAGCUCCUUCUCCCUGCAGGAGCUCCUGGGCUCGGUAGAUCUAGCCCGCUAUUACCGCUACCCUGGUUCCCUCACCACCCCCAACUGUGACGAAGUCGUGGUCUGGACUGUCUUCCCCGACCCCAUCCUGGUGCCUCUUGACGUGAGCCUUGGGAAUCGCAAAGUGGAGGCCUCGGCAGCCCUCCGAGUCGCCCCCAGCUCCUCUUCCACCCUGCGGCCUGCAGCCUUGAUCCCUCUGCUCAUCAGUACCGCAGUAAUCACCUGGCACCUAUAG